AUGGAUAACUUCACCAUCAUCACAGAAUUCAUUCUCAUGGAUGUAUCAAGCUCUAGGAAGCUCCAAGUCUUGCAGGGCCUGAUAUUCAUAAUAAUUUAUCUGGGAGCCCUGGCUGGAAAUCUUCUCACUUUCAUUGUUAUUGUGAUAGACCCACAUCUUCAUUUUCCCAUGUACUUCUUUAUAGCUAAUUUGUCUAUUGUAGAUUUUUGUUAUAUCUCAGUUACAGUUCCCAAAGCGAUUGUGAAUUCUUUAACAGGCAAGAAAUUUAUUUCUCUUCCAGCAUGUGCAUCUGAGAUAUUCCUGUAUAUUUUCUUCGCAUCUUUAGAGUAUGAACUUCUUAUAGUCAUGUCCUAUGACCGCUAUGUUGCCAUCUGUCAUCCCCUGCACUAUGGGCUCGUUUUCACCCCUCAUAUGUGUCUACAGGCCACAGGGGGUUCUUGGGCCUGUGCGUUGAUCUAUUCUGCUAUCCACACGGGCACCAUUUUCCAGCUUCCCUUCACGAAAUCCAAUGUGAUUUAUCAAUACUUCUGUGAUAUUUCUCAACUUUUAAGGAUUUCUUCCUCCUAUGUGCAAUUUUCUGAGUAUAUUCUUAUUGUUAUUAGUUCAGUUAUGAUUUUAAUAUGUUUUAUCUUUUUAUUUACCUCGUAUGUUAAUAUAUUUUUAGCUGUGUUUAGGAUGCGUUCUGAGGAAGCCCGCAGCAAAGCCUUGUUCACCUGUACCCCACAGUUAGUGAUACUUAUUCUCUUUGUAAUUUCUGUCAUAGCUGCUGUCUUUAGUCCCAUUUCAAAUAAAGCAUCCCUUAAAGGUCUUCUCAUCGCCAUGUUCUACAACAUGGUGCCCCCAUUCACAAACCCCAUAAUCUUCAGUCUACGAAACAAGGAGAUUAAUACUGCUCUACGAAGAAUGUUCAACAGACAUUUUUAG